AUGGACACCAAAUUUUUCUAUGGCAGAGGAAAGGGUAGCAAAGCUGUGGUCCCCCUUGAUCCAGAGGAGUCAGACAUAGAGGACAGUGAUGAGGACUUGGAUGAUCCUGACUAUGUGCCAAGGCACACAGGUGACACAGUUGAAGAGUUACCAAUCCCUGAGCUUAGUGGCCCUGAUACACACUCAGACAGUACCCCCAGGAGAAACGUAGCCAAAAAUCAGCUUGUGCAGGUCGCAGAUCAGGAUUCUGUUACCCCCAAAAGUGCUGAGAAAAGAAAAUUGUGGAGAAAAGUGGAUAUCACUUCAGUCAAGUUUCCAGAGCCUAUACCCCCAGAAAUCAUUAAGGUUCAGACACCAUUAUUUUACUUUUCCAUGCUAUUUACUGAUGAAAUGGUGCACCACAUAUAUGAGCAGACAAACCUCUACUCAGCUCAACAGCUUGGCUUUCCCAUUAAAACAAUUCCAAAAGAGAUUCAAGAGUUUUUAGUCAUAUUGCUAUACACAGGUGUGUUCCCAUUCCCGUCCCUGGAGGAUUACUGGAAGCCAGAGAGCCGCUUUGCUCUGGUUGCCGACAUCAUGCCACUACGCAGGUUCCGGGCACUGCGCAGGUUUAUCCACUUUGCUGACAAUUCAGACUGUGGAAACACUAUCGGCAGGUUCUAUAAAAUCAGGCCCAUUUUUGACAUGUUGAGAAGACAGUGUCUUCUCCUCCCAGCUGACCAAAAACAAAGUAUUGAUGAGGUCAUGGUUGCCUACAAAGGCACAAGAGCAGGAAAUCUCCGACAAUACAUUUCCAGCAAGCCAGAUAAGUGGGGAUUUAAACUAUUUUGCCGAGCUAGUUCCACUGGGAUUGUACAUGAUUUCAUUUUGUACCAGGGAAAGACAUCCUUUUUCAAUGUCCCACAGUCAGAAGCUGAGCAGUCCAUGCUCAUGGGGGAAAAAGUUGUGACCACACUCUGCAGAACAGUGGAGGAACCAGAGUCAACAGUUGUCUUUUGUGACAACUUUUUCACAAGCUUCAACCUAGUGCAACUUCUGGAGGCCACCACUGGGAUAAAGUGUUUGGGCACUGUGAGGAACAACCGGAUGUCAGGAGCAGAGAACCACCUGAAGAGUGACAAGCAGUUGUCAAAAGAAGGAAGGGGAGCAUUUGACUACUGCUGCUCAGGGGGAAUUGUUGCUGUAAAAUGGCGUGACAACAAAUGCGUCACUCUCCUCAGCAACGCAUGUGGGGUGGAGCCAGUUGGUGAGGUCACAAGGUACAGCAAGGAGCGAGACUGCCGCAUGCUGCAAGAGAAGCCCAUGCCACUCAAGAGAUUUAGAACAACUGUGGCCCGCACCCUGGAAGGCAUCCACAAAACCCCGGCCAGAGUUGGUAGACCACUCUCCUCCUCACCUCCACCAGAGAGACCACCACAGAAGCGCAAAAGAGAUGCUGCACCCGUUGAUGAUGUCCGCUAUGACAGUUUUGGCCACUGGCCAGCCUGUGGCCCACAGCGAGGGCGAUGCAAACUCUGCCCAAAGGGGGUGUCACGGUGGAAGUGUGCAAAGUGCGGAGUCUUCCUGUGUCUAAACAGCACACAGCAGUGCUUUGUCACGUAUCAUCUCAAAUGA